AUGAAAUAUGCUACAUAUAGAUUUAAAAAAUUUAUUUGUUUAAUUAUUUACUGUUCAUUAAAGGUUUUAUUAAUUGUCAAAGUUUCGUCAGAAGUUGAAAUUUCUCAUAAAGAAGUUUUAGUCUUGUCAGUGGUGCUUAUAGUAAUCGAAAAGUAUGAACUGCCAGAAAAUCUUCAAAAGCAAUUAGAAAAAGCAAUAAAAGAUAUGAAAGAAUCACCAGGAAAAAUCGAUUUUCAAGAAUAUCUUCAAAAAAUUGAAGAUCAACUUAACUGUUUUAAAGAUUUCGAUGAAAAAGCUUUGAAAAUUAAUGAUCUUAAUCAAAUGAUUAAUUUAAAGUUUGAGAUUCUUUCCAGCCUAACCAAUUUAAAAACUGAACUUUUUUUACUGGUUGAGAAAAUGAAAAGUAAUGACUUAGAAAGCAUUCGUCCAAAUGAAAUUAAUUCAAUAGUUAGCAAAAUUGUUAAAUAUUUACCUGAUUGGAUUGAUUGUUGUUCUAAAAUUACUAACAAAUUUAAUGAUCUUAGUAAUUUUAUUAAUACACAAUAUGCAACAAGUAGAUUGCAACUUUUGGAUAUUCAAAAAAGAUUAGAAUUUUGGAAAAAGCUUUCUGAUGAAUUACAAUUAAGUAAAGAAUUAUUGGAAAGUUUUGAAAAAAGGGAAUUAUAUGUCAAAGAAUACUAUCUUAAUUAUUUGGUGGAAAAUUUGACGGAAAUAGGAUGUUUAAUUAAUAAUUUUUGCAAACAAAUCAUAGAUGAAAAGAUUGUAAAAAAUUAA